CGUCAGUUCCGGGUCAGAGGUGCUGAGUUGUGAAGAUGGCGGCGCCCUGUGAGCUGUUUUGCUGGAAGGCAGGUUUGGGUUUACCGUCAGUGAACACGGACUGUCUGAUCGUGCUGGCAUAUGCUCGCUUUGCUGGAGCUCCGCUCAAAAUUCACAAGAUUUCCAACCCCUGGAGGAGCCCCACAGGUUCACUUCCAGCUCUCAGGACCAGAGAGGAAGGCAGCUGCUCCCAACCCAGUCAGAUCAUCAUCCAGUUGAGGAAACAGAAAUACAAUGCAGACUAUGAUCUGUCGGCCAAAGAGGGUGCAGACACGCUGGCCUUCAUCUCACUGUUGGAGGAGCGACUGUUACCCGCGCUGAUCUACACAUUAUGGAUCGAUCCUAAGAACUACGUGGAGGUGACACGGCACUGGUAUGCAGAGAAUAUCUGCUUCCCGCUCAACUUCUUUCUUCCGGGUCGUAUGCAGAACAGACAACUGGAGCGACUUCGCCUGAUCCGAGGAAACAGUGCACUGGAGGCGGGAGAGGAGGCAGAGAAGGAGCUUUACCGUGAUGCUCUGGAGUGCCUGAAUCUUCUCUCGCAACGCCUGGGAUCGAACAAAUUUUUCUUCGGAGAUUCGCCCUCUUCCCUGGAUGCAUACGUGUUUGGUCAUCUAGCUCCACUUAUAAAGAUUCGGCUGCCCAACUGUCAGUUGCAACAGCACUUGAAGGAUCUAGAAAACUUGAACACAUUUUGCUCUAACAUUCUGAGCCUGUACUUCCCCAGCGAGGGCAGAGAGGAUGCUGGUCGUCUGGUAUCCAGCACACAGCAGGAGAGCGACUUUGACAAUGAGCCAUACAAGAGAUGCAAGCAGCUGCUGUCAGUGCUGGUUGCUGUGGCAGCAAUGUUGAGCUACGCUUUCUUUACUGGAAUAGUUGCUAUCGAGCAUGUGCAGGAGGAGGGGCCUGGAGGCCCCGCCUCUCUCAAAGGCCCCGCCCAUGAGGAAGAAGAGGAGGGCUGAAUGAAUGAAAGUAGGGCUUACUGUUAAGUGAACUAGGAUGGUCACUUCUACAUGGAGGAGAAACAUACAGGAACCAUAUACUGAUGGAGAUUUAUGUAUUAUUCAUUCCUUAUCUUGAACUUUAAUUGCAUGAUAAUCUUUGCUCUUAUAUAUUUUUUGUUAGACUUUUUUUCACUUUGCAUUGAUCAGUACAUGUUGCAGACAUGUCUUGACUGGUAAUUUAUUUAUGGGUGUUGAUUCAUUUUUUCUACCGAAAACACAAAAGCAUAAUUGUUAACUGCUGCUUUUAAGCUACAUUAAGCUAUGCCAAGUUGUGAAAGCACUUAAAACAGUGCAGUGAACAUUAAGAUUUCUUCACUUGUCACCAACUGAGGGAUUGCCUCAACUUUCAUUGUGUGGACCAAAACAUUUAUUACAAUGGAGAGAUUUGAACCCAUUUAAUAGCUGUAUUGUCUCUAAUAAUGAGAAAUAGAGAUUGAAAUCUCUUCUGUUUUAUUGCAUCACUUGUUUUGAACAUCAGCUGAUUUUUUUUUUUUUUCUGCUGUUUCAAUGAACAUUUCAUUUGCUGCCUGCAUAAAUCAUUCUAUCAGAAACAGUCUGCUGUUAUCCUGUUAUACUGCUGUUAUCCAGAGAGAAACUCAUAAAUCUGAUGAAUCCUAUUUAGUGAAAUAGCAAAUGACCAAUAUUUAUUAAACUUGGAGUCUUAACGCUCACCCAAAAAGGAAAAUUCUUUGUCAUUUUCUCACCAUCAUGUUGUUCCAUAGCCAUAUGACUUACUUUCUUCUGUGGAGCACAACAGUGUGUAUGUGUGUAUAUAUAUAUAUAUAUAUAUAUAUAUAUAUAUAUAUAUAUAUUUUUUUUUUUUUUUCACACAGCCAUUAAUGUUUUACAUCAUGUUUCAAGACAAAACCAAUUCAUCCAUUACACUGAUAUACUGAUAUGUGUGUUUUGAUGCAUAUAAUAGUCACUCUGUUAUGUUGUUAUGGUUGAGAAUAAGAUUCAAGAAAUCUAAACUCUUCAGACUGGUCAGUCAGUUCAGUUAUCUCCUUUAGUUUCAUGUGCUGUAAAAUAUAUAUUGCUUAUGGAUUUCUAUUUUCAUAAAAGGGGUAAA